GUGCGACUCCUGUCGGCUACUACCACAUAACGCCGCGCAGCUGGCGUGAAGCCAGCCAAGAGGCCGCACUGGCGUGGUGAGCUGGUCCAUGGUUGACUCGAACACGCGACGACUUGGAGACGAACUUCGACGAUGUCACCACUUCUAUCGUUUUCACCAUAUAGGGAACGCGAGGAUACUGGCGCCUGAUGUGAAAGUGUUACGACAAAAAUGUCGUCCGUUCGUCCGUAGUGAAUACACCUUGCCGAGUCGUUGGAGCGCGAAACCAUCCAUCUCUGCCUUUUCCAAACUUUCGACGUGAAGACCACGUGCUGGAGCCAUCACCGGCGGUUGCACUUUGAGCUGGAUUUCUAUGCCAAAAUGCAACUGAUACUCGGGGAUCAGAGCGGGUAUAACGCAGCCAUCCGUUGCCAGUUAAGAACUCUCCGUUGUAUCCAUUAUCACCGGUUGCUGAAUCAAGGUGACCCGUUUUUCCGCCCUCACUCCGUCCGUACCAACUUUUGUAUUCUCGCCACACGUCGUCCCUUCGAGUCAGUCAGGCACUCGAGAAAGCGCCGUCGGGCCCUCAAAGCGCAGUCCGCUUACCAGUCCAGGAACCCUCGCGUAGCCAUGAAGAGCGACUUCAUCGGCGGCACCAUCGCCGUGAUCUCGGCCUUCAUGUCCAUCUUCGGUGUGAAUCUGCAGAAAUACUCGCAUGACAAGGAGGAGCUUCGCGCCGUACAGCGCCCGUACACAAUGCGUCCGAUCUGGUGGGUGGGUAUGAUCUGCGUCGUUGGGGCGUCUCUCGGCGACUUUUUGGCGCUCGGUUUCGCUCCACAGACACUCGUGGCCUCACUUGGCGGUGGCUCCACCAUUUUGGGCAACUGUCUGAUGUCGCACUUCUGGCUCAAGCAGAGUCUGUACUUGACGGACAUUGUGGGCGUCGGUUUCGUGUCAUUGGGCGUCGUGGUGCUCGCUGCUGCGAGUGAAGAGGACGAGGGACACUACCAGAUGGACCAGAUCUACGCUCUUAUGGAGGCCGCGCCUUUCAUUCUCUAUGCGCUCAUUACGACAGCUUUCUGUAUGACGCUGUACAUGCGUGCUCGUCGCUCUAAAGCCCCAGCACUGCGUGUAGCCAGCAACGACAAGGAAGAUGCGCGUGUGGAUGACGUACAGGAGAAGAAACGUGAGCUCGCAUCCAAGCAAAAGAACUCGGAAGGGUCGCCGGCGUUGGAUGAACCAAGUAAGAGCAAGGGAGCCAUGAUGUCGCCCUUCCCGUCGCCCAUUUUCGGUAAUCAUUUGUCACUCUCCCCCAUGGACAACGACGUGAGUGAUCACUUGGACGAAAUCGAGUUGUCGAGCCUCAAAGUCGGCAAGUACGACGAGAGCGAGAUCGAGAAACACACGCUCAUUAUCGACCCAAAGUUGCCACUAUAUUGGGCUGCUAUCUCCGGUACAAUUGGCGGCCAGUCAGUGUUGCUCGCCAAGUGUGUGGUGGAACUCAUCUCCUCUACCGUGUCGGGUGAUAACCAAUUUCAGUACUUUGGUACUUAUGUACUGUGUGCGGGUAUGGCGGCCACAUUGCUGACCCAGACCCACACACUCAACCUGGCCACCAUGUGCGGAGACACCAUGUCGUCGUACCCUGUUUUCCAGGGCUUCUGGAUCACCAUGAGUAACAUCAGCGGCGUCGUGUUCUUCCAGCAGGCAGGCAACUUCACCAAAACCCAGUGGGUUAUGUUCCCUACUGCUAUUCUCUUGGUGGCAGUGGGUAUCUAUCUGGUCUCGAAGCACGAGAAGUUCGGCAAUUUUGUCAAAUACUCGAUCGCCAUGCCCAUCAGCCUCAGCAGCCCUCGCCAGCACGAUAUUGUGGCGCAGUCGUUUGUCUUCCGUGUGUCGACGCCUCAGAAGCUGCAGGAAGAGGAAUACGCCAGCAGUACGGAGAGCAGUGACAGUCCUGACGAACACUCCAGGCGAACAUUGGAGGUAGUAUAGGCUAGCUGACUCGGUUUGGCACUUUUAAUGAAAAACCCGGAAGAAUGGGGCUGAUGAAGCUAGUUUGGUUGCAAAGCUCUGCGUAAUAUACUGGUCGUCGUGAAUUUGUGCUUUACA